AAAAAAUAGAAUUAACCUGCCUGUGAUUGCUGUUUUCUUGGUCCCUCCAGUCUAGCUUUGAAAUCAUUCACGUUGUGUUUAUAUAUGUUAUCCGAACAGUCGUACAGGAUCAAAUGGACUGGGAUCUGGGGUUCAUGGUGCUCUGCAAAUAAAGCAGUACACAACCCUGUCUCUCUUGAGCUCGCCUUUGGAUUGAACCCAUCUCUGAUCUUUAAUCGCUCGACUCAGUCUAAUAAUGCUAGCUGGCCAAAAGGUUGCUUGCUAUUUUCAAUGUAGCUAGCUUGCUAGUGACGUUAGCUUAGCUUAUUUCAAGAAGUGGGGUCAAAAAGUUGUCGUCUUUUACUAAUAACUGCAGCACAAUGGCAAUUUAAAUGUCAUUCGACGUCCUUGGAAGCGGAUAUUCAGAUAGAACAACAAUCGGGCCAUUUUCAAGGAAGAUACACAAACAACCCCGGGGUUGCCUGUGCAGGGGCGGCUAGGCGGGCGUGGAAACCCUCGAGGAUCUCGGCCCAUCAGUUUUUUUUUUUGCUACCUGGCUAGUUGGUUAGCUAUGGGUGCAUUUUUAUCUUUUUGAGUCCUAGUAGGCUACAUGAACACGGACCAUGCUGUAUUAAACGGUUCUUUGUGUGAAGUGUCCGGGCUUUGGAGAGAUUAAGGGACAGCAACCACAGCCUGAGCCCGAGAGAAGGACUAAAUAAAGCCCUCGACUUGGAAGCGACACCGGUGCAGACAUGAUGGAAGAGCUGCAUAGCCUGGACCCCCGGCGGCAGGAACUGCUAGAGGCCCGUUUCACAGGAGUCGGAGUAGCCAAGGGUUCAGGACAGAAUGAAUCAUCCAACCAGAGUCUAUGCAGUGUGGGCUCACUGAGUGACAAGGAACUGGAGACACCAGAGAAGAAGCCUAAUGACCAGAGAACGAGGAAGAGGAAAGGAGAACCGUGUGACAGUGGACAGGGAAAAGGAGCUGCGAGAGGGCACAAAAUUAGCGAUUACUUUGAGUUUGCCGGUGGUAGUUGUCCAGGCACCAGUCCAGCCCGGGGCAUCCCUCCUCUGGUGCGCUCCUCACCUCAGCACUCCCUCUCUAACCCCCCAGUGCCGGUGAGCUCCACAGUCCAGCAGGGCAGUCCCUCAUCCACAGGCUCCGCCCACACGGACCCCUCCUCCUCCUCCUCUUCCUCUCUUAAGCCAGCGCUGCCCUACUCCUCCUCUCACAAAGCCACUCAGUCGGACCUGACAAUAGAGAAGCUAACGGCACUAGAGAACAACAAGAGCUCCGACCUGGAGAAGAAGGAGGGAAGGAUAGACGACUUGCUGAGGGCCAACUGUGACCUGAGGAGGCAGAUUGACGAGCAACAGAGGAUGCUGGAGCGAUACAAGGAGCGCCUGAACAAGUGUGUCACCAUGAGCAAGAAGCUGCUCAUCGAGAAGUCGAAACAGGAGAAGAUGGCGUGCAGAGACAAGAGCAUGCAGGACCGUCUCCGUCUGGGUCACUUCACCACCGUGCGACACGGAGCCUCCUUCACAGAGCAGUGGACCGACGGCUACGCCUUCCAGAACCUCAUCAAGCAGCAGGAGAGGAUCAACACCCAGAGGGAGGACAUCGAGAGGCAGCGCAAGCUGCUGGGGAAGAGGAAGCCCCCCGCGGCGGCCCAGACGCCCCUGCCCAGCCCAGAGCAAAACAAACGCAAGAGCAAGAGCAACGGCCAGGAGAAUGAAGCGUUGUCGCUUGCAGAAUAUCACGAGCAGGAGGAGAUUUUCAAACUCCGGCUUGGCCAUCUAAAAAAGGAAGAGGCGGAGAUCCAGGCAGAGCUGGAGAGGUUGGAGCGAGUGAGGAACCUGCACAUCCGGGAACUGAAGAGAAUACACAACGAGGACAACUCACAAUUCAAAGACCAUCCUACGUUAAACGACCGGUACCUUCUAUUAUAUUUACUUGGAAGAGGUGGCUUCAGUGAAGUCUAUAAGGCCUUCGACCUAACAGAACAGAGAUACGUAGCUGUUAAAAUCCACCAGCUCAACAAGAACUGGAGGGAUGAGAAGAAGGAGAAUUAUCACAAACACGCGUGUAGAGAGUACAGAAUUCACAAGGAACUGGACCACCCCCGAAUAGUCAAACUCUACGACUACUUCUCGCUUGACACAGACUCGUUCUGCACGGUACUGGAGUACUGCGAGGGGAACGACCUGGACUUCUACCUGAAGCAGCACAAGCUGAUGUCAGAGAAGGAAGGGCGCUCCAUCAUCAUGCAGAUCGUCAACGCCCUCAAGUACCUCAACGAGAUCCGCCCGCCCAUCAUCCACUACGACCUCAAACCCGGCAACAUCCUCCUUGUCAACGGAACGGCUUGCGGUGAGAUCAAGAUCACCGACUUCGGCUUGUCCAAGAUCAUGGAUGACGACAGCUACAACUCUGUGGAUGGGAUGGAGCUGACCUCACAGGGGGCGGGGACAUACUGGUACCUCCCCCCAGAGUGCUUUGUGGUUGGGAAGGAGCCCCCUAAGAUCUCCAACAAGGUGGACGUGUGGUCCGUGGGGGUCAUCUUCUACCAGAGCCUCUAUGGACGCAAGCCAUUUGGUCACAACCAGUCUCAGCAGGAUAUCCUACAGGAGAACACUAUCCUGAAGGCUACAGAAGUACAGUUUCCUCCCAAACCCGUUGUCACGACAGAAGCAAAGGCCUUUAUUCGUCGCUGCCUCGCCUACCGCAAGGAAGACCGCAUCGACGUGCUGCAACUGGCCAGCGACCCCUUCCUGAUGCCCCACAUCCGCAAGUCCCUGGGCACCAGCGGGCCCCUGGCACCGCCCAUGCCUUCCACCUCUAGCUCCUACAACAGCAGUGCCUCAAACUGAGGAGGGCCUACCACCAAAAUAGACACUAGCCUCCUUCCUUCCCUGGCUCUUCUGGUUUAGACUGGGAGACAGGGAUGGUAUGAAGGAGGGUAGAACAAUGAAUAGGAUGGACAACAAAGAGCAGCGCUAAAGGCAGAUACUGCUGAAGGAAGACCGAAGUGCUCCAAAUACCAAAUCAGCUAAAUGAAGGGCCAGUGUGUGAACCCAACUGGGUUGCCUCUGCAUGCAUGACAAAGACAAACAUAUAUACACACACACACACACACACACCGUGUCUCAAAGAAGGGAAACCCUUGCUUGUACAGAGGAGCAUCUUACAUGUCAAAAGCCCAGGAGAAUCUCAACCAAGAGGAAGUUGAGAUGACCAAGCACCUCCGUUCUGUUUUUCGAGAGUAGAAACAUUGCUCUUUUCAUCCGUUACUGCUUGAAACUGUAUGAUACAUUGGACUAUAUUUCUAAAUAAUAGAAUUAUCAAUUUAAAUGCCUUGUGAACAUUGAACUGAGGACUUUUUUGGAAGGACUCAGAUGAAUGGGGGAUUUCUCUUUGGUGACCAAAGUUCAAGGCAUGCCUGACUGAUACGGCAUCUCCAUUAGCACGCAAAUGUUGACAUCGUGAAGAUUGAUGGAAGGCUUGUCACGUUUGACGCUUGUUUUGAAUAUUUUAUUGGAUUUUGAACUGGAAGUGGACUUCUUAUCGGUGGUUCAGUCCAUAUUUUUUCAUGAGAUUUCCUCCCUAAUGUUUUUCUUAACUUUCAAAGGGUGGCCAAAUAUACAAAUAUGUGUUGUGAGGAGGGGAAUGAGCCUCAGCAGAACUGCAUAUAAACAUUAAAUCCAACCGUGG